UUGACAAGGUUUUUAGGCUGAACAUGAUGGCUCGCGGGCUUGAUUAUCUGGGCGACUCUUGAGUACCAAAGACCAAUUCACCUCAAUAUCCUCUUCCAUCCAAUGCUAUCUCGUUCUUCUCUGUUUUCAUGGCUUCCUGUGUCUGCUAAAAAUCUCUGCGCAUACCUCUACUUGAGUAGCUCGGGGAUAGAACGCGUAUCACCUCGAGUCUUCCGUGUCCAUCGACGGAUGUUCCGCCAAGUUAUGAUAUCAUACGGGUAUCCCCUGUCGAUUGUACAACGUCCCCGAGUAAAUCGGCAAGAUGACAAGCGAUUAGCGAACAAUUCUGCAGUGUUGCAUUUUCAGCACCAUCUGGACGGCACUACAGAAUAUUGUACUACCUGUGACAACUGAUAUCAAGGGAUCCAGCUACCAGAAUCGACAAAGGACCGCACAAUAACUGGAAGAUGGCAGCAAACGUGUCUGUGAUACAGCUAACGCGGCCACGACUUUUUGACAGCUCGUGUUAUCGUUUCACCCAUCAUGUGCCGGUUACACUGUUCGCCUUUAUGGUCUUAUGUCCGGAAGUAGCAA